CUUAUUGCAAUUCACUAGUUAAUUCAUGUUGGUAGUGUAUACAUAUUGCAGCAUUUUUUUUACGAAAAAAAAAAAUGUUAAAAAACUUUUAGGUCGAAGAAAUGACAUUAAAUUAUGAUUUAUAAAAAGAAAGCAUGUAAAAAAAGAAAAAAUGUUUAUUUUUUUGCACGGGUGGAUAAGGGGUUAAGGAUUCACGGACAUUGCUUCAACUUUACAUUAUGUACUCUAAAAAAUGAGGACCUAACUCUGUGUUCACAUAAGGCACUUUUUAAGAAAGAGGCUGUAGGGCAGUAAAGAUUUUUGUAGUAAGGAGAGAAAAGUUUGAAAAAAAAGGUAAAAGGGAAUAAGAAAAAGCUACCACACAAAUUAAAAAAAGAAUCUCUACGCAUCUUUAAUAAAAAUAUUUUUUUAUUCAAGUUGACGCAAAAGGUGUUGAAUUUUUUUUUUGUGUGUGUGUGUGUGUGUAAACAAAUAUGUCGGUGAAUCAGCCUUCUGUUACUGCUGAGCUUUUAGCUUGCUUUUUUUUAGACUGUACGUCACAAAACGUCGACAAAAUUCGUGAUGCAGAAAAAAAUCUCGUACAGGCAACCCAAAAUGUUAAUUUUCUUUCAGCUCUUUUAGAAUUCCUCACUUUAAAAUCACCAGCAGUUUGUGUUUCGUUACAUCAAAUGGCAGCAAUUUAUUUAAAAAAUCAUGUGAAACAAUUUUGGGAUUUACCAGAGACAACGAGUCUAUUUACUUCAAACGAUCGCGUUUUAUUAAAAUCUCAAAUACUAAAGUUGUGUUUAGCGUAUGCAGAGGAGCCGAGUGUUUAUUCCCAAUUAUCGACCGUCGUCAAACUAAUUGCAACAGUUGACUUUCCUGAGGAAUGGCCUUCUUUAUUACCUACAUUAGUCGAAAUAUGUCAAUCUUCAUCAAUUGUAAAUUAUACGUCAUCCACAGUUUCUUUAGAAAUCAUGGAUCACGUUCUUCAAAAGUAUCGAAAAGAAAACCGUUCUAAUGAUAUUUUAAAACAGCUAAAGUUUGAUAUUUUACCAUCUAUUCAAGAAUUCAUCAUUUUACACUUUACACAAUUAAUUCAACAAUUACUUACUUACUCACCCUCUGGUACCACCAAUUCUCACGAUGUUUUCUUAAGACAACUUUACUCGUGUAUAAGUAUCAUCUUAUCUUUAAUAUGUAUUGAUCUCCCAGAAUUUAUUGAAACAAAUCAAGAAAAUUUAUUUAAAGGUUGUAAUAUAUUUUUAAAAUAUCAAAUACCGCUCGAAAGGAAUACAUUAGGAGGAACGUCUCAUACUACGAAUGCAGGAAUUGUCGAGAAAAUUAAAACGGAAAUAUGUUUUUUUUUAACGACCUAUGCAUUACGUUAUAGUGAAGAAUUUGAGCCUUUUUGUUCUUUAUGUACAUCUGAAAUUUUGGAUCUUUUAGUGACCAUGACAUCGAAAGCAUCGCAGAAUCACACAUAUGAUGAGUUAAUGAUUGCGGCUAUCAAAUAUUUAAGCGCUAUAGCCCGUUAUGAUUGGACUCCUUGCGUGAUAUCCAAUCCACCUCAGCGACUUGGUGAUAUAUGUCAUUUUUUAGUUCUUCCAAAUUUGGAACAACGUGAUGAAGAUAUAGAGCUCAUGACUGAAAAUGCUCAAGAAUUUAUUCGACGAAACGUGGAAGAUUCUGAAACCGAUACCUGUCGAGGUGCUGCCAUUGAAUUGGUGAAUGCCCUUAUGCAGCGUUUUGAAACACAAGUUUUAACUUUUUUGACGUCUUAUGUUCAAAAUCUUUUAAAAGCGUCCAAUGAUAAUGUAUCAGAAAAUUUACAACGCCAACGAUUGAAAGAUGCUGCGAUUCAUUUAGUUUUAGCCCUAGUCAUCAAAUCUCAAUCACAAAUUUAUGGAGUGUCCCAAAUACGUCAAUGUAUUGACAUAUGUGAUUUCUUCAAACAAGUUGUUGCAGAAAUUUUGGUGACGCCAGAAUGUCAAUCGAUAAAAAAUACUCUUGUGAGAUGUUCAACAUUCAAAUUUAUUAUUAAAUUGCGAAAUCAAUUAGAUAAAAAUAUCCUCAUUCAAAUUAUUCCUCAAGUCAUUAAAAAUUUAUCUUUACCCGAUCCUGUCAUUUACUGUCAUGCUGCGUUGUGUUUGGAGGCACUUCUUUUAGCGCGUGACGUGGCGUCAUUACAAGAGGCAACAAGAUCGACUGUGAAUGUCAGUUGUUGUCCGUUGAAGUUUUCUUCUACGGAACUCUCUUCCGUUUUAAUGUCAGCUCUCGAUUCUUUACUUCAACUAUGCCAGAAAAAUCCUCGUGUUGACACAAAUGAAUAUAUUAUGCGAACUGUAAUGCGGAUUCUUGACUUUCUUCAAGAGAGGGCUUCAGUUGCGUUACCGACUUUUAAAAUUUUUUGUGAUAUUCUUCGCACUCAAUGUGAAAACCCAUCAAAUCCUAUGUUUAUUCAUUAUCUCUUUGAAAGCUUAGCCAUUUGUACCAAAGUCGCUGCCUCAGCUGGACUUCAUCAUGAAGCAGAACAACUUCUUCUAGAACUUCUCUGGUCCAUCAUCAGUGAACCAGACCAUGAUUUCACACCUUACGCUCUUCAAAUGUUAGCGUUGUUACUGGAUACAGCGACCGCCUAUUCAGAUUUGUACGUUCGAAUAAUAGACCACCUUUUAGAGACAGGUUUAUGGUCGUCCAAUGCUCGAGUUCUUGCAAUUCUUCGGGUGUUUUCGGCUCUAUUUCACAAACAACCUUUAUUCAAAGAUAUUUUGGAAUUAAGAUUAGAAACCUUUAUGCUUCGAUUUGAAUAUUGUUUAAAUCACAAACGGCUUUGUUUUGCAUCAUUUGAUUUCUUAAAUGACAUUUUAACAAAUUUUCCAAUGCAAUCAUUCACAAAUUAUAUUGAGCCACUUAUUAUAACACUUCUAAGGCGUCUUAACGUAGGAAAAACAACAAAGCUAUCACGUUGUAUUAUUUUCUCACUUUCAUUGCUAACGUGUCGAUGCCCGAUGGUGUUUCUUCCAGAUGUUCUUAAUAAAAUAAAACCAAAUCUUGCAGACGAUUUUUUAAACAACAUCUUUUUCAUGCCUGGAGAUCCUUCAGAUACCCUUUAUGUGAAAAAAGUACGGUUACUGGCUGUGGCUAAGAUGUGUACCACGCAAACCGUUAUGUACAAUUCGAAUUUGCUACAAAAAGCCAUUGAUUUAUGCGCUCAUCUUAUGGGUGCUGUGACAGAUAAAGACAUUGAAAGAACACAAACUCUUUCUUCCGACAAUUGUCUAAACAUGUCGAAUACCUUGGUUUUCAAGCCAGUUGAUGAGUACCAAUGUUCCUUUCAUAUAUUAAGAUGUGCGCAACUACCAAUAACUUUUAAGGAAAUACCGGAAGUAUCUUCUCCAGAAAUUCUUACCACUAUAAAACAGUGCUUUGAUAGUAUUAAACUAGCCAAUACUGCUCCGGAAUGUUCUUCCUGGAAACAAGUCAUAGAAUUUUUGUCAAAAUUUUAACAGUUAUG